AUGGCCGAAGAGAACGAUGUUGUGUUUGAAGACUUCUUUCCAUCAAUGUUAGAGAGAUUGGGUGCUGACCAAUUUAUUGCUGAACUCUGUAAUGGGUUCAACUUGCUAAUGGAUCAGGAGAAGGGUCUCAUCACAUUCGAGAGCCUCAAGAUGAACUGCUCUCUUCUGGGACUCCAAGACUUGGGAGAUGAUGAACUGUUGUGUAUGCUACGAGAAGGAGAUUUGGAUGGAGAUGGGGCACUCGAUCAGUCAGAAUUUUGUGUUCUUAUGUGCAGGUUGAGCCCAGGCUUAAUGAAUGGCCCCAGGAGGUUGCUGGAACAAGCUAUCGGAAAUUAA